AUUUGAGUAGUAAGCCGAAAGUAGCCGACUGGUGGAAGUCGGCGGAAGCUGACGAGUGAAGUUGGGGGAGGUGACGCGACGCACGGAAGGUCGAACACAAAUGUUUUUCGUUAAAGCGAGGCUCAAAUAAACAUGUCAGUGUUGUUAAACGUUUUAUGUAUGAUGUCGAAAAGAACAUAUAUAACACCCACAUAACACACGAAACCGUUAGAAUGUCAGAAUCAGUCAACUUCAUUGAAUAGCCCUGCUGAAGAAUGGGCUCAGUUAAUGCUAAAUCUGCCUUGUUUCCUCUGGAGGCAUCUAUCCUAUUCUAUGCUGUAGACAGAACUGAAGUAGCAAGUCACGUGACAAGUCCUUGAGCUUCCUUGGUGAAUUUAGUACCAACUGUUAUUUACAGAAAAUAUGGUUGAAGACCAUACUGUUAAAAUACAGAAGUCGGGCGGCACCAUCUGAGUUAAAAACCGUACCCAGUCAGACAAAUUUGGCCAGUCAAGUGGAAAAGCAGGUAUGUGGGUGUUCGGCUAUGGCUCUCUGAUCUGGAAGGUCGAUUUUCCAUAUGAGGAAAAGCGGGUUGGCUACAUCACAGGCUUCAGCCGAAGAUUCUGGCAAGGAAGCACCGACCACAGGGGAGUACCAGGCAAGCCUGGUCGAGUCGUGACUCUGGUUGAAGACCCAGAGGGUUGUGUCUGGGGUGUGGCUUACAAGCUGCCAACUGGCCGAGAGAAGGAAGUGAAGUGCUACCUUGACUACCGAGAGAAGGGUGGUUACCGCGUCAUCACUGUGAACUUUCACCCCCGAACCUCUGUGUCCCCCACAACAAACCCUGACACAUCCCAGGACCCCAGCCAGGCUCUGCUAUACAUCGGCUCUAAUGACAACCCUAACUACCUGGGGCCUGCCCCCCUGGAGCUGAUAGCCAAUCAGAUUGUAGAUGCCGUUGGACCAAGCGGAAGGAAUACUGAAUAUCUUUUCUCUUUGGCCGAAGCUCUGAGGACCCUCCUUCCCGAAGACUCAGACACACACCUCUUCUCUUUGGAGGCCCUGGUUAAAGAUAGAUUAAAAUGCACACACAACAGAAACUCUAACACACUUUACUAAAUAUGUAUUAAUAAACUAUUUCAGGGAUGCUUGUAAUGUCUUCAGGAGAGGUGAAACUGUGUCAGAGUGAGUAGAAUUUCUACCAAACUUGGCAGGCCAGUGAUACUUUGUCUUAGUGCAAAGGACUGGUUUACUUGAAUUGAUCCUUUGCAGUCUCAAAUGAUGUGCUAUAAGAUCUGGUAUGAUUAAAUAGUAAUUUGUC